AUGGGGUUGUGGCUGGACGGACGAUUUGAUCUGCUCAAUGUUUCUCCCUUGGCGCCCGACGUUUGGUCACUCCGGGUCGUCUCAGCUGUUCGACCACUUUUCUACACUUCGUUCAUAUGCAAACGGAAGGGUAAAGCCACUAAUUGGGAUGGAUACGUAUUCGCUCUGCUGCUGCGAAUGCGUGGUACAAUCACAGCGAAUAAGAGGCUGUUGAGGAAUGAAGAAGGAGAUGAGGCUGUGCUGCAUUGGGAAAUACGACGAAGCAGUGGGAAUGCUACACAGGAACAAAUACAUAAAGUCGCCACGAAGUUCCGGGUUGUGCCUGACUCGCUUUAUGCUCUGGUUCCUGUUGCAAAGGUGAGACUGCUGCUCUGUUCCAGUUUCUGGAUGUAA